AUGAGUCUCACUCUCCGCUCUCGUAGGUUGCAGUCACACUUGCUGCUCAAGAGAGGGUGGACUCCUUGUGGUUUGGUGCAGAGUGUUGGAGAGGAUGGAGCCCCUGGAGUUUUGGUGGAGUUUCUAGGGGUUGAAGUAGUCGAGGAUGACAUGGAUGGCGAGCUAGUUCUUGAUGACGGAGAGGGGCUUCUUGUCGGCGAGGGUGGACAUGGCACUAGGAAAGCAUUAUCUUUUAGCCUUUUGGACAGGGCACAGUAUUGUUGCAACGCUGAUACAUAUGACCUUGGCACCUUUCCCAUUGAAAAUUUUCUUGCUUUGGUUGAGUUCAUGGUCAAAGAAACUGAAAAGCUCCAUGCCCAGUUUGGCAGAUGGAAGAGUUCAGAUGAGCAUCCUUUCUUCCCUGCACACCUACCUGAGCCAAUGCUUCUAACCCUGCAAUACACACAGGUCUUGCGACCCUGCGCCGAUUAAAUCAAAAUAAACCGUAAGGUGUGGAAUAUGUACUUCGGGGAUCUACUCCCAAGAUAGGUAAAAGCUGGAGAGGAUGGUAAUUGUGGAUCAGCAGCUGUAUUUGACACUAUCUGCUUACAGGUACACCAAUCAAUUCAUAGUGUCCUUGUUCACAGUCAUCUCUAUCUAUCCUUCGCUCAUCUUCGGGAACGCGGGGUCUUGCAGGAUAGGGCGAAGCUAAUGAAUUUGCUUACGUUCUAAGAUGUGGAGUCGGCAGUCAAGCGAAAGUAGAGAUGGAAGGCAAAAGCAUACGGGCAGUAAGUAACGAUCAACAACUGGGAAGACGCAGUCUAUCUGGUCUGCAAAAUCAAGCCGAGUUUAGUUGCCGACUGGUACGGUGAUUGGAUCAUGCCUCUAACAAAACAAGUCUGGGUUGAAUGCUCGUUGAGAAGGUUGGACUAGCAAAAAUGCCGGCUUUCUCUAAUCUAAACCAUCAGCGUUAGUGUGUUUAACAUCAAAAUGUCGAACCUCCGCACUUUCCAAUGAAUUUACUGGGAUGGAAAACAGGCCGCUCGAAUGAAACUAAGCUGUGCUAGGCAUCAUUUUGGGCUUCUCCUGAAGCAAAACAAGCACUCGCCGACCUGCCAAAGCGAAGGCUGCUGAAAGGGUCGCGCUCUCGCUUCAAAGCCCGAGGCUUCAGUCCGAUGUAAA